AUGGCAAAAGUACCGAGAAACUUUAGAUUAUUAGAAGAAUUGGAAAAAGGAGAAAAAGGAAUCGGAGAUGGAACAUGCUCUUAUGGUUUAGAUGAUGGUUCAGAUGUGAUGAUGUCCAAUUGGAACGGAACGAUUAUUGGACCGGGUCAUAGCGUUCAUCAAAAUCGCAUUUAUAGCUUACGUAUCAAUUGUGGGGAACAAUAUCCUGAUAGACCACCAGAAAUCUGGUUCUUGACAAGAAUCAAUUUGCCUUGCGUUAAUCAACAAUCUGGGAAGGUCGAGUCGAGCUCGCUGCCCGUGCUGGCACAAUGGAAGCGUCAUUUCACCCUCGAAACAGUUCUGACAGAGUUGAGAAAGGACAUGGCCGCACCAAACAACCGCAAAUUACCACAACCACCAGAAGGAUCAUUGUAUAACGUCUGA